AUGGUCACUCCGGGCCUUCUAACCCCGGAGACUCUCCGUGAACCGUCGCAUGAUGGUACGGUGGUGCAUAUACCUAGUACCCUACAUACUACCACAGGAUCUUUUCCCAUCUUCACAACAGGCGAUGUCUUCAUCAAGACGGAACUGGUGACUCCACCGAGACGAUGGCAACUGCACAGCAACACACUCACACGGUUCUCCCCAUGGUUUUCAAGGUCGCUUUCAAACAGUAUGAUGCCCACAAUAGGGCCGGCGUGGGCCUCGUACACUAUUGAAGAGGUUGAUGGUAAGGUUGUAUUGGUACAACAGCAAACUACCGAAGAAAGGUCAGUCAUUUCAGAUACCGGGAGUCAUUAUGACGCCGACAUUGCAAUCAAGACCGAGCACGAGGAUUCCGACUCAGGCAAUCCCUUCUCUAUCACUCCAGACCACACCGCCACGAUUGACAUCUACAAUCAAAUCUUCAGCGCAUUCUAUAGCGUUCCCAUAAACAUCCCGACUACAAAUGUCGCCGCCUCUCUCACUCACUCCGAACAUCUUACGAAGCUCGCCGGAGACCUGGGCUGCUUGGACAAUCUUCCCAACCUAAAAUCCCAGAUCAACGCCACGCUUCUCCAGCACCGACAUGCGCUUCUGCGUGCAAUCAAAAACGACCCCGCACGCUGGAUCCUUGUCUCACUCUCUCUCCACAACGACUCCAUAUACACGGAAGCGCUCAUCCACAUGUCGGGCGCGCACCCCAGCUGGACAUGGCCCACGCCGCGCUCCGCCCUUCCAGGAGAGAUCCUCCAAAUCAUCAUCGCAAAGAGCCUCGAGCUGAACCAGCGCUGUACAGAAGUCGAACGCGAUCUCCUAUCACUCACCAUUCACGUCGGCCGCGGCGCAAACAGUCAUCCAGUAUCCCUCCUCACGAACUCUGAAUUCGACACAUGGUUCAUCGUUUCGACAUUCCGGUCCAUCCUCGCACAAGAAUUUACCAACCUACACGAAGACCGCAAGGGCUCUCUUCGUCGCGGCACCACUUACCGGAAGAUCUGGAAGGGCGAGGGAUACAUGCCGUACGAGGAUAUGAGACGCAUGAUGGAACAGGUCAUGCCGUCUGCAGUACCAAAUCUGAGCGAAGAUCUGGCGAUUCUAAAGAGAGAGGCGAGUGCGUAUGUGGCGGAUUUGGCGAAGAACGAGUCUCUGCUUGAUGUGGAGAGGCAGAAGGUGGGGUGGCUGACUUGUGUCAAAGUGGGCAAAGGGGAUAUUCCUUGGAGGGCCGGGGAGGGAAAAGACUGA